AUGGCGGAGGCGCGCGGGGUGUUUGAUGCGCUGGAAUACCCCGAUGCGGUGUCUUGGAACGCGAUCGUGCUGGGCUACGCCGAGAAUGGGGACGGAUCCAGCGCGCUUGAGCUCUUUUCCAGGAUGGGAUCGUCACCAAAUGAGAGGAGCUUUGUAGCAGCGCUCAAGGCAUGUAGCUCCAUCGCGGCUAUGGACGAUGCGAGAAAGGUCGAGGCUCUGGAGAUGGGAGUUUGGAUCCAUUGGAGAGCUUCCAUGGCCGGAUGCUGCGACUCCAACGUCUUUGUCUCGAAUUCUCUGGUGGACAUGUACGCGAAGUGUGGGAGCAUUGUCGAAGCGCGUAGGAUUUUCGAUGGAAUGGAAGCUCCCAGCGUUGUCUCCUGGAACUCGCUGUUGCUUGGCUUUGCGGAGAACGGGCAGGAAGAACAGGCUCUAGCUUACUUUGCGAAGAUGGUCCAUGACGACGAUCACUCCACCAUGAAAGCUUGCCGACCGGAUUCUCGGACUUUCGCAGCUCUGGCCAAGGCUUGCUCGAACUUGGCGAUCAAGGAGGGUGGCGAGGAGAUCCAUGGACGAACUGUCAAGCUCGAGUCUCUGAGAAAAGUGCGCUUGUGA